AUUGAUCCUAGUAUUUUACAGCAGACACUACAGCAGAGUAACUUACUUGCCCAGCAUCUAACUGGGGAUCCCAAUAUGGCUCCACAGAGCAACUCCCUCCAGACAACAGACAGCACGGUGCCAGCUAAUGUGGUUAUCCAGCCCAUAUCAGGCUUGUCUUUACAGCCAACUGGUACAUCUUCAGCUAAUAUGACGAUAGGACCACUGUCUGAGCAAGACUCUGUGUUAUCAACUAACAGUAAUGGUGCACAGGAUCUCUCUCAAGUGAUAACCUCACAGGGUAUGGUGUCCACUUCGAAUGGUCAGCAUGAGAUAACAUUGACCAUAAAUAACUCAAGUUUGAGUCAAGUCCUAGCUCAUGCUGCUGGUUCCACCACUACAAACCCAUCAGGAAGCCCGCAAGAAAUUACCCUCACCAUAUCUGGUUAGUAUUU